AUGGUCAAGGCUGUUGCUGUCCUCCGUGGUGACUCCAAGGUCUCCGGCACCGUCACCUUCGAGCAGGCCGAUGCUAACGUCCCCACCACCAUCUCGUGGAACAUCACUGGCAACGACGCCAACGCCGAGCGUGCCUUCCACGUUCACCAGUUCGGUGACAACACCAACGGCUGCACCUCCGCCGGCCCUCACUUCAACCCCUUCGGCAAGCCCCACGGUGCCCCCGAUGACUCCGACCGUCACGUCGGUGACCUUGGUAACUUCAAGACCGACGCUGAGGGUAACGCCGUCGGCUCCAAGCAGGACAAGCUUGUUAAGCUGAUUGGCUCCGAGAGCGUUCUUGGCCGCACCCUGGUCGUCCACUCCGGUACUGAUGACCUUGGCCGUGGUGGCAACGAGGAGUCCAAGAAGACUGGUAACGCUGGUACCCGCCCUGCUUGCGGUGUCAUCGGCAUUGCUGCGUAA